UGAACGCGUGUGGUUGUGCAAAUUGGAAUAAAAUAGAAAAAAGCAAUAAGUGAGAAAAAUAAAGUAACAGUGAAACAUAUAAACAACAAGAGGCGAAGGAAGAAGCAAAACAAAAACCAAUAACGAAACAGGAACGCGGUUUUUACAGAGCAACGUUUUGAAAUACACAUAAAAAGGGAGAUAAAAGUAAAUAAAUUCGAUUUUUUCUAAAAAAAUUUUGUAAUAAACAAACUUUAUAAAAGAACAAUAAACAAGUACAGUCUAUAAACAACAACAGGCAACAACUACUUCAUCGCGCUAACAAUAAGCAAUAACAACUAAAAGUUAAGCAACAACCAAAACUACCUAAUUUACCAAUAGAAAAAAAACCAACAACAAUCAACCAAUAAAUUAUAAAAUAUAUAAAUAAAUUACACAAAUUACAAUAUGGUUUUAACAAAUUUUGAAUUAUGGGCUGCUGAUGGUGUUACCAAUGGCUCAAACUUGCCUUUGGAUUUUGUGGAAUCCAGUCAACUUCAUCAUAAUCGUCAUUUAAAUCCUUUUGAUCCACGUGCUGUAACACAAUUAAACUCGAAUUCAAAUCAUUUAUCCUCCAAUGGUUACUAUGGAUUCUCCUACAUAAAUUCAGUACAUGAUAAUGAUAAUAACAACAACAACAAUAAUAACAAUACUAGCAACAUUAACCACAACAAUAAUAAUAACAAUAGUACAACAUAUAAUUUUAUGGCAAAUGAUGUCAAUGGCAUGAAUAAUACACAACAACUACUACAACAAACACAUGCUUCGUCAGUUAACUUUGGCAGCUCUGCUUACGCAGCCGGUCAUGCUGCCCCAGUAGCACGUUGUAAAAAACGUUUCUUCGUUAUGAAUGAUGAUGAUGAUGCGGCUGCUGCUGCUGCUAACAACGCCGCUAAUUGUACAGCCACUAACAAAAACUACCACAACUAUGAGGUUUCAGCCAAACGUUGCCGUUUCGAUGAUGAUUUUUCAGCUCAAUAUUGUAAUGAUUUCUUUCAGUUACCUUCAACACAAAUUGCUACACAGUCUUGUUUAAUGGACACUGAAGAAGGCUUUGAAAACAACAAUAAUAAUAACAACAACAAUAUUGAGAAAUAUGAACAAACAUUAAACCCGCAAUUACAAACUUUAACUGCUCACCAGCAGCAGCUGCAGCACCAACAAAUUAGCCAACAACAGCAACAGCAGCAGCCUCAGCAACAACAUUUAUAUCAUCAGCAACAACACUAUCAAGACAACAUACAAUUUGCCACAAAUAAAUGCCAACUCAAUCACAACAACAACAAUAAUAAUUCUUGUGACACAUUAGCAUUAAAAAACGAUCAUAAGAAAUGUAAAAUUGAUUUAGGAAAUCAAAAUGAAAAUGUUUUAAAAAUUCACCAACUAAAAGCAAAUAAUAAUUCAAUAGAAAAUGAAAAAGAUGAUGAUAAUGAUGUUGUUGUCAAUGAUGAUGAUUGUAAAGUAGUAGAUGAUGCAACCCUAUUUGCUCAACUACAUGGCGGUUGUUUGCAUCAUCAUGAUCAUCAGCAUUAUCAAUUAAAUAGUACAGUUGUUUCCUCUACAGCGGUUUACACUAAAACAAACAAUGCUGUGCAUCAUCAGUUACAAGAUGAAAAUUAUUAUGAAGAAUUUUGAAAAAGGAAAAGUGUUAAUAUUGAAUAUUCUUUUUUACACUGUGUGACUUAAUAAUUAAUAAAUUUGUAAAUUGAUUUUUGCUAAACAAACAUAAUUUAUGAAAUGAAUUCAACAUAUCGUUAAGCUUUUUAUUUAUAAAAAUUUUUUUGUAAAAUUUUUUAAUUUUUAAAUUAUUAUUUGUUAUUAUUUCAUUUUAUUUAAUUUCUUUUUCUAUGUAAAAAAAAAUACUAUAAAUAUGUACCUUACUUUUAAUUAAGCUUUUAAACACAAAUUAGUUACAAAAAUUAUAAUUUGUAAGCAAAAAAGGAAUUAUAGUACAAGUUUAAUUUGAGUUGUAAAUGAUUUUAAAAUAUUGUAAUAAAACUGUGAAUUGAAUUAAUAAAAUGUAAU